AUGGCAUUCCAUAUCAGCUGGACGUACAUUGUUGGGGAACUCACAGGCAACAACUCGCAAGUUGACCGUGUCUGGCCGCUGCUCCCGCCCAUGUACACGGCCUACUAUGCGUUUCUACCACUUUUGCCUUUCGCGCCUCAAGACGUCAAAGAGGCUGGUUUGAACCACCGCGUGCUCUUAAUGUUUGCACUCCAGCUUCUCUGGAUGACAAGGGGCUUCUUCAAGUGGGAUGAAGAGGACUACCGAUGGCCCAUACUCAGGGGGAUCAUCCCAGCUCCUAUCUAUCACGUCUUUCAUCUUGUCUUCAUCGCCGCCAUGCAAAACGGUAUUCUAUAUGGCCUAGCAUAUCCGACUUAUCUUGCUCUCCGCAACCCAAACACACCUCUUGGUGGCUACGACGCCUUGCUCACAGGCCUGGCAGUUGUCGAUAUUCUAAUUGAAGCCAUCGCCGACAAUCAGCAAUACUCGUUCCAGACAUUCAAGCAUUCGAAACCCCGUGUCCAAAAACCACCAAGCGAGGAGCCUCUUUUCGUCAGUCAGCGUUGGACCGAGGACGAAGCAAAUCGUGGCUUUGUCACAAGAGGCUUAUGGGCCUGGAGCCGCCAUCCAAACUUUACUGCCGAACAGACAUUUUGGUGGCUAAUGGUCUUAUUCCCAAUCUUGACUGGGCCAGGCAGUCUUGAUCUUCCAUCGUCGGAAUCUAUUCUCUCUCCUUCUACCUACACAUCAUAUGCUGCGUUCUGGUCCACAUACGCGUCUCUUGAACCCUUGUGGCCGGGGGUCGUCAUCUCGAUGCUGUUCCUCGGCUCGACAGCAUUCACUGAAUGGAUCACGAAGGGCAAGUAUCGUGUCGCAUACACUGCCUAUCAAGAGCGUGUCGGCAUGUUCUGGCCGACUGGAACUCUGUUCAAGGGCUUGUACCUCCAGGCGACUGGUCGUCGCAGGGUCAUCGACAAUCUGGUGUGGGGUUCCGUCAAGGCUACGAAUGGGUCCACAAACGGUGUCACGAAUGGCGUCACAAAUGGUGUCAACGGUGCCAAGGGGCACUAG